AUGGAGAAAGAGCAACUUGAUUCUUUGCAAACUGUUACCGUGGGAUCUGAAAAGAUUCCGCCACCUCAUAGUCAUUAUGCACCUAGUGAAGUUUAUUCUUCCUCAGAAUCACCUCCGGCAUACUCACGGCCAGUGAUGAAGAGCACUGCCGUCCAGAUCGCGAAGAUCAUCGCAACAACUUUGAUAACUAUCUCUGUUAUCAUCGGGAGUUUUAUCUUAGCUGCAGCUUGGCUCCAAGCUCGUGCAUCAUGCACUCCUGAAGCUAUUAACGGUAUGCAGACACAAAUAAACAGCCAGCAGGAAUUUAUCAAACAUUUACAACCUGAGGCUCUUGUUCAGGAUCCUAUUGAUGUCAAGCAGAACAUUGACGAGUCUUCUGUUAAAACUAAACAGCCUACUGCAGAGCCUAAAGAGGAAGAAACCCAAACUGAUAAUCAAGAUGAUUCGAAAGCUGACAACGAAAGUGCAAAUGACAAUGAAAAUGAUGAUGACUAUAAUGAUUCUGGAUUCUCACCAGUUCACUUUAAAUUCUCACCUCAGCUUGAUUUAGAUGAUCUUGCAAAUACCCUUAUGCAACAAUCCCGUGGUCUCGUCUCAUGUGUAGUUGAACGCCGCAGAUCUGAUGGAUUUACCGAUGGAAACAAUCAAGUUGACAACAACAACAACAAUGAUUACCAACGUCCUCAACGUCUCAGUGGUGAACGUGUAGUAAUUCUCUGUGAAUCCGGAGAACCACGUCGUCAAGAGCAACAAGAACAGGAUCUACGUACACCAAUAAUUGUUCCGCUUGGUAACAUCCAAAUCCCGAUGCAACCUCAUGAACAAGAUUACCACCGUUACCAAGUUCAAAACCAAUUCUCCGCACCUGAUGUACAAACUCCACCAUUCGUCAAUGCACGAAGAAUAAAUCAAUUGGAGCAAGGUAUCAGUAUACCAGACAUAAAAAAUAUUGCCCAGAUGAUGGGUUUUGGUUCACCGCGAAUGCCACCACAAAUGAAUCACCAACAAAUGGAAUUACGUCCUUUCCCAAUUGAAAUUCGCACUCUGCCAAUUGAAGUUAUUCGUGGAAUGAGACCACCAAUGAACCAAAUGGAACAACACCAACCACAGCCUCAACAACAACAACAACCUCCACAACCACAACACCCAAUGUUCGCUCAAGAACCAACUGAGCCAGUAUACUCCCAAGAGCAACAAACUCAAGGAAUGAUGCCACCUCCACCACCCCCAUCAGCACCCAACGCCCCAGAAUUAAAUCAACGUGAACCCAGAAUUAUUCCACAAGUUCAUAUCAUCCAACAACAGCUUGAACAAAAGCCUGCACAACCUCAAGAAGCUCAAGAUAAACCAAACUUUCCUUUCCCCGGCUUACCGAUUGACAUCAUCAGAUUCAUUCAACAACCUGAAAAUAUGGAAGCUCACCGUCAGGAAAACGUUGAAGGCUCACAAGAAUCUACAAAACUUAUCGCUGAUUCUGAGAACCAAGAAGAAAGCAAAGACGAUGAAGAUAAAAAGAAAAUUGUUGUACUUCCUGAAAGCAGCUUGAUUCAUCAAAUCGAAGAACGUUUGUUCCCCAGAUCACAUUUCUCGAUGCCUAUGAGAUCCAUGGAUACAUUCCAAAUACCUAUGGAAGUAAGUGCUCGUGUGAUGGGUAAUUCUGGAGAGCAAGAAGAUAAUAAAGAACAACAUCAACCAAUGCAGGCUCAAGUAAUGCCUCAAUCUGAUGAACAGGAGGAUGCCAGUCGUCCUCACUAUGUGCAACCACGUUCAAUUCCGUAA